AUGUUUUUUGCAUGUUUAGAAGACUAUAAACGACAUGAAGCUGAUUCAAUUGCCAAUAAUUUAUUGUGCCAGAAAUAUCACGAAGAAGCACGGAAAUUUGAAUUCACGAAAUGGCAUUUAUUACAAGUGGGAGAUAUUGUAAAAGUGGGGAAUCGAGACCCUGUGCCAGCAGAUUUGAUUAUUCUUGGAGCUUUUGAACCAGAUCCAAUGAAUCCAGUUGGAAUUUGUUAUGUCGAGACCAAAUCGUUGGAUGGAGAGACAAAUUUGAAACUUCGACAGGGACUAGAAGCAACGUAUACGACGUUGUUGAAUGAUGCAGCAGUCGGUGACAUUAAGGGCACAGUAGUGUGUGAAGUGCCAAAUAAUUCAAUCCAUCGGUUUAGUGGAUCCAUGACAUUGGAAGGAGGAAAAAAGGAGGUUAUUACGACCAAUUCGAUUGUAUUACGGGGCUCCAUGCUGCGUAAUACAGAGUAUAUUUACGGUCUGGUAGUGAAUACGGGUCCGGAUACAAAAAUUAUGAUGGCUUCAUCAUCUGAGCCAAUGAAGUGGAGCAAUAUGGAAAGACGUCUUAAUCGACAGAUUCUAUAUAUUUGUGUGCUCAUGGUGGUACUGUGUCUUGCGGGUACGAUUUUGUCAACGGUUUGGAAUCAUCAAAAUUUGAAAAUUGAUCCGCAGAAAGGAGCGUGGUAUUUGUAUGAUGGAGACUCGAUGGCUGUCAAGUCGCCGGUCGGAAACUUUUUCAUUAUGGUGCUGUACUACUUUUUGUUACUGAACUCGUUCAUUCCCGUGUCGUUGUACGUAAGUAUGACGUCGGUAAAAUUUAUGCAGUCGUUUUUCAUGAACAACGAUCUGGAAAUGUACCAUGAAGAGACGGACACGCCGUGCCAAGUACGCACGAUGUCUUUGAAUGAGGAGCUUGGCCAGAUUGACUACAUCUUCUCGGACAAGACGGGCACAUUGACGUGCAAUAUCAUGGAGUUUCGCAAGUGUUCCAUUAACGGGGUGGCAUAUGGGCUAGGGGAGACAGAGGUAGGUAUUGCGGCGAGAAAGCGUCAGCAGGAAGAGGCACCCACAGCGUCCUCCUUCUACGCUGUAACUCCUGAUGGCGGUUGUGCAAUUUCACUAAAGAAAGAUGGCAACAAUGCAACAGAUCGUGUGGUGAAGGCACCGUUUGUGAACUACCAGGACGAUUCACUCUUUGAUGCGAUGGCACAAAAUAAUAGUGUCCAGGCAAAGGCCAUCGAGUCGUUUUUCGAGCACUUGGCUGUUUGCCACACGGUGAUGCCAGAAAAGGCCCCAGACAAUAGUCUCCGCUUGAGUGCAUCUUCUCCUGAUGAGCAAGCAUUGGUUGCUGCGGCUGCUUGCUUCGGUUACAAGUUUGUCGCACGUGGGCCCGGUAAGGCAAUGGUGGAGUAUUUUUCUUGUAUCGACCAUCCUGAAGACAUGACCUGCAAUCAGCCAGUUGCAGGACACCGUGUGGGUGCUUACAAGAUCCUCGAAGUUCUCGAGUUCAACAGCACGCGUAAACGCAUGUCGGUCAUUCUCAAGGGGCCAAGCGGAGAUCUAAAGCUUUUAUGUAAGGGAGCAGACACUGUGAUGUACGAGCGCCUGAGACCAACCAAUGACCCGGCUGUCAAGCAGACGCGUAAUUUGACGCUACAACAUAUGGAACAAUUCGCUUCUGAGGGAUUACGAACUCUAGUGAUUGGUUCCACGGACAUUGAUUCACACUUCUUUGAGUCGUGGGUAAUCCGAUAUCGUGCAGCAAUUAAUGAUAUGCGUCAAAUUGAUCUGCGUCGCAAUGGUGAGGACAAUGACAUUGACCGGCUAAUGGAGAAAAUCGAGGUAAAUCUGGACAUUUUGGGCGCUACAGCUAUUGAGGAUCGACUGCAGGCUGAUGUUCCCGACACAAUUUACAAGUUGCGUCAGGCAUCGAUCAAAAUUUGGAUGCUUACUGGUGACAAGGAGGAGACAGCAAUAAAUAUUGGCUUUGCUUGCCGGCUAUUGGCUUCAGACAUUGAACGAGUUGUAAUUUCGGCGGAUACGCACUCUGACUUGGCUGCUAUCACGGGCGAGCUGGAAGCGUAUGCUCACAAGGAAGACAGUGGAGAGACGCCUGCGUCAACACCAGAUGGGGCGCCAAAUGCUUCGUUGAUUCAUUCAGAGUCAAGAGGAAGCUUGGUUUCACUCAGAAACCAAAACAAAAGGCUGACCCGUAUCGAAAGUAUGGCCGAGAUGCCUCAGCAGGACUUGGCUUUGGUAAUUGAUGGUGAAACACUAGAGCUGGCGCUGGAAGAGUGUCCUGAACUAUUUUUGAAGGUCGCGGAGAAGUGUGUAGCCGUGAUUGCUUGUCGUGUGUCGCCUGCACAGAAGGCACAGCUCGUACGGCUGGUUCGUGAUAACAACCCGAAAAUCCGAACGUUGGCUAUUGGUGAUGGUGCUAAUGAUGUUUCGAUGAUUCAAGCGGCGCACGUAGGUGUUGGUAUCUCUGGCCAGGAAGGUAUGCAAGCAGCCAAUUCAUCGGACUAUGCCAUUGCUCAAUUUAAGUUUUUGUCGCGACUGCUACUUGUCCAUGGACGCUGGAAUUACGUCCGCAUGGGCAAGCUUAUCCUGUACAUUUUCUACAAGAACGUGAUACUGAACCUGACGCAGUUUUGGUACAUGAUCUAUACUGGCUACUCAGGGCAGAAGUUUUUCCUUGAAUGGGGACUGCAGGGAUACAAUUUGCUCUUUACAUCUUUGCCAAUCAUACUGGUAAGUACUUUCGAACAGGACGUACCCGCUUGCUUGGCACACAACUACCCGCUGCUGUACCGAAUUGGUCAAGAGAACACGAGGUUCAACACAAAGGUCGUGUGGGCUUGGAUUUCGUCGUGUAUGUGGGAGUCGCUUGUUAUCUGUUUUGGCAUUGUAUACGGCAUGUGUUUCUUGGUUACGGGAGGUGAUACUCCAGCGAUGUGGGUGUACGGCUGUACUUCGUUCACGGUCGUUCUGAUUGUGGUGACGCUGAAGUUAUGUUUGCACCAGCAGAUGUGGUGGCCCAUGCACAUUGCCAUCUACAUUUUGUCGUUCUUGCUCUGGAUCUGCACGGCAGCCUUCAUUUCGAGUGGCGGUCCCGUGAGCUCAUCAUACUGGAAUGGGACUUUUUCACACACCUUUCGCAUUGACGCGUUUUGGCUGGUCGUCCCGUUGGUUGUCGUUACCGCGUUGUCGCGCGACUUUAUGUGGAAGGGCUACAUGCGGAUGGUCAGGCCGUCGUACAAACACUUGGCGCAGGAGGUGAACGCGUAUGGGCUCACACACAUUGCCGAUAAGUUGCUCACGUUUCCGCCGGCAGAAAAGAUCCCUGAGAAUGCAUUUGGUAGCGAGGCUGGCCGCGUCGACGGGUCUGUCUUGACGUCAAGCUUGGCGGAUGUAAGCGUCGCCAAGCCGAUUGCUCCUGCUGUGAUAAUGGCGCCUCGUCCGUUAAUCGGCCGUCUUGACAAUCGCCGCUCAGCGACAAGAGGUAGUGCUUUCAGCUACGACGCAGAGAGUGUCAUGGUGGAGUCUUUCAUGUCUACCGACAGGUUCGACCGCAGCUCGAAAAAGACGAAGCCGAUCUUUGAACGCCACGCGAGUCGCGGCUCUUUGGCUUUUCAGCGUCUCCCGUUGGACUCUGACACUGAUAUACACGAAGAGGAGAACGAGCAUACGCACACGGAGGCUGCAGAUACAGACACACAAAAUGCGUCUCGUUCACAGAGGCAGUCGGCAGGGAAUGUUUUUCGGGGUGGACGUCAUGGUCGAGGACGCUUUUUUUCCGUCUCGGGUGUGUCACGUAGCUCGGAUGCAAACACGGUGGGGUCAGGCCAACGUGUACGCAGUCGGAUAUCAACCGACAGGAUAUCUGGUGUGCAUGAAUUUGGCACUGGCAAUCGUCCUUCAUCAGCGCGCCGAGCUUUAGGCUUUGAAAACCGUACCAUGUCUACCGAUGACGCUCAGGAUCUUGCUGACAGGGACAGUUCUCUUUUGCUGCGUUCUCCUCUUGUUCGACGGCAUCAGGGACGCACUAGGAUGUCAAACUUGUGA